CUCUGUUUCUUCACAGGUUUCAUGGAAACGUUUUACAGAAGGUGAGAGCGGAGCUGCUGGGUGGACGGCCAUCAGGAAGAAAGGCCUGCCUGAGUAGACAACGACACAAGCUCAGAAAUGAGGAAGAGCCAGGUGUUGACCCAGGGGCACAGUGGGCACGAUGGAGAGCAGCCCGUAUUUUGUGCAGUUGGCACCAUGGCACUCAGGGAAUUCAGAUGUCCUGAACACCCACUAAGACCGGGACAUGGAGAGGAGACACCAGUGAAGGGGACAAAUGACAAACCCCUUCAGAGCCAGAUGCCCAUCAAGAGGAUUCAUGUGGACCUCCGGCCAGCGCUGGCAGGAAUCUGUGCAGAGGGCAGCAGCCCAGACUUACCGGACAGCAGGGAGGCAGUGCGCGGACCCCUAGGGAGGCAGGAUGUGUCACUGACCAGACGGACGGAGAGGGCAGUGUGGCCAAUGGCAGUGCCAUUCACUCAGCAUGACAGUGGCACACGCAAAUUAAUGGAGAAGAACGUCAGACUGGCCUUACCCCCGAUACCCGAGGGCAGAGAGGUGAGGCGGCCACCCUGCCGUCAUCCGAGAGCCAAAGUGAGCCCCGCUCUGGUCAACUUCACGGACAGAAGCACCCUGGGGUCCUUCCCAAAAGUGAUCCUGCAGCAGAGCCAGCCGUCGGUGGCAGUUGAGCAGGUGACGAAUGGGAAGGAUGUCCCCUCAGCCCUCCCAAGUGUCCAAGAUGUUCAGGUGCCGAUGGACCUCUUUGUCCACCGCGUGCUGAAGACCACGUGCAGCCAGGAGCAUCAGGUGCUGACCGGUGUGCUGCGCUCUCUGCGGGGGGAGCUUUGGGACCCCAAACAGCAGCGGGAUUUGCUACCCUUGUGGCAGAUGGAUAGUGACAGAAAAGUCACCAGCGGUGCCAAGACAUCCUUGAAGGCCACUCCUGGACCACCGCAGAACAAGCCAAAGAAAGGGGGGCUGGUGAAGCUGAGCCUUCAGAAACGAUGGCCGAUGCAGUGAGACCACUGGAGGUGACGAAGGACCCAGUAAACGUUGGGUAGUGGAAGGAGAAGGUGAAGAGGACGUCAUCACUCGAGUGGCAGAGGUGACUGUGACGACUGGCCAGUGUGACGGGGUCUUUACAACUAAAUACGGAAUCAGAGCGAUGGCCUUGGGGUCCGGACUUGGGAUUGGCCAUCUGUGAGUUCAGCUGUCCAAGAGAGCAGGAGAUGGAAAGACAAUCGGCAGGAAUUAGAACAACAGCAACUACUAGGGGAUGACAUGUGGGGGUCCCAGAUUGCUAGGGGGUCCAUUAGGGUCUGGUGGGCCUCAUUUGGGCUUUAUGUGACUUUGUUUCAGUGACAAGUUUGAGCUUCCAUUUUGAAUGUCCGGUCACUGUGACCCGUGUCUUCAUGGUGGCCAUAACAUGUGAGUUGGCAUUAAGUUUAACCGAAUAAAACCGACAGCUUAU